GUGGUUGACUUCGGUGGCCAGACGGAGGCAGUGCGUCAAGAGAUCAACCAGGCGGUCGAGGAAGCAACCAAAAACAAGAUCAAGAACCUCAUACCUGAAGGCAUCCUGGACGCUUCAACGUGUUUGGUGCUCGUGAACGCCGUCUACUUCAAGGGGCUUUGGACGAAGCAGUUUGACAAGUCCCGGACGCAGGACUUGCCUUUCUACACUGAUGAGACGAACAGUGUCAAUGUCCCCAUGAUGAGGGCCAAUGAAGAGUACGGAUACAUGAUUAGGAAGGAUCUCGAAGCUACCGUGCUCGGCAUGGACUAUCAGGGCGGCAACCUAAGCCUGGUGAUCGUGCUACCAGACCAGCGUACGGGUCUGGCAGAGGUAGAGCGCAAGCUGCAGGGGAUCGACCUACGCGAGUUCUUCGACUCGGAGCGAAAAGUUAAGGUGGAAGUGACCAUCCCGCGCUUCAAGCUGGAGUACUUCGAGGAUCUCGUCGCUACUCUCCAGUCGUUGGGUGUGAGCGACAUGUUCGGGUCUUCAGCGGAUCUGAGCGGCAUAGGAGGUCGGCCCGGCGGCCUCUACGUCUCCAAUGUGCUGCACAAAGCCUUCAUCGACGUCAACGAAGAGGGCAGUGAAGCCGCCGCUGCCACGGCCGUUCGAAAGAAAAAAUGUAAGGGCCGCAAGCUCAACCGGCUGACCUUCACGGCAGACCAUCCAUUUUUCUUCAUGUUGGGAGAGAAACAAAAAUCUGGGGUAAUUCUCUUCUGCGGCCGCCUUACACAACCGCAGGCGUCGGCCUAAGGUUACGUACACAGUGAAAGCAGGUUGCCAGCGUGCUGGUUACCUGCUGAGGC